AUGAGCUCCUUCUUAUUCCAUUAUUUCCUUCUUUCUCUUGCUUUCUUCUUCACUCCCAAGCUCUUCCUUCAAAAUAAGAAGCUCAAAAACAUCCCACCUGGUCCACCUUCUGUUCCCUUUAUCGCCAAUCUCCACCAACUGAAAAAGCCACUUCAUCGUGCCCCUCACCGGAUUUCUCAACGUUAUGGCCAAAUCAUUUCUCUUUGGUUUGGCUCUCGUCUUGUCGUCGUUGUCUCGUCGCCGUCCGCAGUCCAAGAAUGCUUCAACAAAAACGACAUCGUCCUGGCGAAUCGGCCCCGCUUUCUUACCGGACAGUAUGUUUCUUACAACUGCACCAUCAUAGACUUCGCUCCAUAUGGCGACCACUGGCGCAACCUCCGUCGCAUUACGGUAGUCGAGAUGCUCUCGAGCCACCGUCUAAACGCAUUCUUGGAAAUGCGAAGAGACGCGAGAUGA